GGAGGAGGGAAGGAGGAGGAGGAGGAGGGGCAGGAAAGGGACUAGAGAGGGGGUGAGGAGAGGGACGAGAGGGACCUGAACGCCAAGAGCCAAAGGAGGCGGGCGCCGCCACGCGCCCCGCACCGCCCCGCACGAGCGCCCGCCCGGGAGACGCGGGGCCGCCUGAGUGCGGGUCACCUUGUCCCGAAGGAGAAAUGGGUUCCUCGAGGCAAGUUUGACCUGCGCAUCCUGCGCAGCUGGACACCCAGCCAGGAGACCAGCACUAUGGACAGCCUCGCUGGGCCAAAGAACGAGCUGGUGCACAGUAAGGUUCUGGACACUGGCCCAAGGAAUGGCCUGAUUAACACCAGAAGCUUCAUGGCCGAGGGCAGGGAUGGCCUGGUGUCUGUGUAUCCAGCACCUCAGUAUCAGAGCCGCCAGAGCAUGGACAGUGUCGGGAAGGAGGCUGCACAGCAGCUGCUGGACCCCAAUGCCCUGCAGAGGUCGGUGGAGUCUCGUUACCGGCCCAACCUCAUCCUCUACUCUGAGGGCAUGCUGCGCUCGUGGGGCGACGGAGUGGCCACCGACUGCUGUGAGACCACCUUCAUUGAGGACCGGUCACCCACCAAAGACAGCCUGGAGUACGCUGAUGGGAAGUUUCUGGACCUGUCAGCUGAGGACAUCAAGAUCCACACGCUGUCCUACGACGUGGAGGAGGAGGAGGAGCUACAGGAGCUGGAGAGUGACUACUCCAGCGACACAGAGAGUGAGGACAACUUCCUCAUGAUGCCCCCGCGGGACCACCUGGGCCUCAGCGUCUUCUCCAUGCUCUGCUGCUUCUGGCCGCUGGGCAUUGCGGCCUUCUACCUGUCCCAUGAGAGUACAAGAGAUCUUCACAGAUACUAGAGACCUGAAGCAUCCAGCCAAGGGCCUGGAGCCUGGGGCAAUGUCCCACGCAAGUCCACAUCAGAGGCCAAGGAGUCUGCUAUGGGAGACUGAAGGGUCUGCACAGAAAGCCCAGGGGCCGGCACUGGAAUGUAGAGAGUCUGCACCGGCAGCUGAAAGGCAGUGCCGGAAGCUGAAGAAUCUUCUCCAAGAACCAGGAGAUGAUGCUCCAUGCUCAAGGCGAAGGUGAGGACAAGAGCUCCUCCCCAGCGCUCCCACCCCAGAGAACUGCAGCCGUCCUUGGCAAAGGUGAAGACAGAGGCUCAGCCCAAGAGAACAGCCCAAGCUUUUUGGGAGAAAAGCAGCCAGACAAAAAUCAGCAGCGCCAAGGCUCUUCCAAGAGAAUCAGUGUGAAAUCCCUUUUAUACGGUCCUCCUUUUAUAGUGUUCCAACAACAAGCCCCCUUAAUUGGGUCUCCCAUGCCCAGAACCACGCUGACUCAAUUCAGCUAGGUGCCCCGACUCCAGUUGACAGUCAACAGCCACACUUUGUGACUUCACCCGGGGUGGCCCUUGGGAGUGGAAUUUUGGUUGCAUUCCCUCUGUAACCUCUCAACUUCUGCCAGGCCCACUUGUGGAAUGAUAAUACUGGCUUUGCUUAUUAUUUGUGCUAGGAUUUAUGUGCCUUCUUUUUCAAUUCUGCUACAAGUUCUUUUUUUCCUGUUCCAAUUACCUGCCAGAUUUUCAAGCUGUCCCUUUGUCUCCCAAAUACGGAAGCAGAGGUGUUUUACGGUCUCUGCCUGGUAAUUGCAGAGCUGGGGGUCUGCUUUUUCUGUGUAUCCUAUUUGCAUGGUCCAUCUUCCUAGACCCCAGUCACAGACCGGGCACUGUUCUGAGAGGUACUACAGAGCAGUCGGAGGGUUAGAGGGGUAGAGGGUUAUUCAUCCUCUGCACACAGGUCCUUCUGGGCUUUCCCAGGAUGUGGGCUCAGUUUGAAGUCACCUUCGUCUGUGCACCAGGAGGUGCUGCAGUUAGACAGUGUGCUCUGCCUCAGUUUCUCUAUGGCCUCCCACUGUGACACUCUGGCCCACCACAGGGGCUAGUUUAACCACAUCUCCCUCUAGUGGACUCUGAGCCUCAGCCGUGAUCCCCACUACCCUACAAAGUAGACAAAGCUGGCCCUCCUGAGUGCCCCUUUGGGCCAGCAACCAUCCCAGACACAGUGUCCUGAGCCUUUUCACCCGUCCAGAAUCUUGUCCCCCUCCCUAGUCUUGGACAGAUAACCUUGUCUUUUGUCUCUUUGGUGCUUGCUAAACUGCUCUUUACCAUCUCUGCAAGGUUUGCUAGUCCGGCACCACCAGGAGUGGAAAUCUGCAUUUCUCCAUCUCCCUAGUUGUGUGGACUGGGAACAUGUCCCUUUACAAUGACAGCACUUUCAAUUUAGGAUGCAAAGUCUUGGUUGAGGAAUUUAGAGUCGCUGCUGCCAGAACUCUCGCUCUCUCCAGCACUAAUUGGAGCCUGAGCUGCCUUGUGCUACAAGAGUGAUCAGGAACCAUGCCACAUGGCUGGGAAGGGAUAGGAAAUGAGACAGGACCAGUGCCCCCCCCCACUUGACACCAGGGGAGAAACCACCCUGGCCUCAUAACAUUAAGAGCCACCCCCCAGGCGCCCACCAAGUGGCCACCACCUCUGCACCUGGAGCAGAGAUGGAUGCCCCCAAACAUCCUUCUACAAAGAUGAACCAGGUGGCUUCUGGUGCAGGCCCCUAAGAGUGUCCGGCAGAGUUGCAGGUCGAUGGCUGAGAUCCAGUCAGGCCCAGGUGAUCUGGAGACAUGGCUCGUGCAAAACUGUGGACAAUCAGCACUGACGCCAGCCCCAAGCGGGAACAGGCUGCUUACAGGGCAUGAGUUCCUGGCCCUGCUGGCUCCGUCCUGCAUCACAGACUGAAAGAAUAAAGACAGAGGAGACCUGAAUGGGAACUGCCCAGGAAGGCAGGAAGUCACACUGAUUCAGACUUUACAUGACAAAGGGGAGAAGGCUGGCCUGGUAGUGGAAAGGUGGGAGAGAGCAGAGGCCCCCAAAUGCAGACUAGAGCUGUCGUCAACAAAGGACCAUUGCAGAUGCCAAGGACUGUCAUGCUACACAUGGGGCAUCAGGAGCAGCAGGCAGGAAGCAGCAUAUGUAACAGCAUCUCUGAACUGCCCCUUCCUCAGGCUGGAACCAGGAGGAAAAGAACAGACAGUUCAUCAGACACUGAGGUCACUGUGUACAGAGAGAGGCCCAGCUAGAGAACAUUGUGAGAGGACCACCUGAGAACAGAGGGAGAGAGGGCACCUGGGGAUGGGUGGGUAGAGAAGACCUCCUGGCAGAGACCUGGGACAGUUCAUUCCCCCAGCCCCUGCCCUUUGACAUGACCUUUGCCCUGGGACCUCUCUCCCAAACAUCUGAACUGGAUGCUCUGGGUGUUUACCUUUCAAACCAUUUCUCCCACCAAACCUCAGAAUUUUCAUAUUUGACUCCCUAAACCUGAUUACGGAGAUGUUUGAGGUUUUCACUUUUUCCCACCAUUGUGUGUGUAGGACACAUCAUCGUGAAACAAUGAGACCCCAUGCAUUCUAGAGCUGAUGGCCAUGCCCAUAGUCAUCAAGUGGGGGGACUGUCCUGCGUACCCCACCAUCUCCUGCUUUUGUCCACAAGUACGUUAUUCUCAAGUGUCCCUGGGUUUACAGGAAACUGAAUCCCACCCUCAGUGGAUCUGGUAGGCAUGAGCUGAUACAGUCAGCACCUCUCAUCAUGCGGAUCAUGCGGGCAGGUGGCGGUAGCUGGCGAAGCAUGGACCUGUUGAAGUCAGGGAGCAGAGGUGGGGAGGAUGCCUCAGCUGAGGGGUGGAGAGGCAGCGAGGGGACCACCUAGGAAGGGGAUUCAGGAUGCUUGGCAGCCAGAGGUGGCAACAGGUAAAUGGAGGCUUGGUGAAGGACAGACCCAGCUGCAGGAGCCCAGCCAGGUGCAGGAGCCACAUGGGCUUUGUAGACAAAUCAGUCGGAAAACAUCACUGGGGAGUAAGAUGGCCCCGUGCACUGCAUCACAUGGCAGAUUUGAACUUGUGUCAGGCAGAAGUGUGGCAGCCACUCAGUGCUCAUGAGUCUGCAAAGUCACCAGGUGAUCUCUGUCCCUGUCCCUAUUUUCUUCUCCCUCUGCCUCUCCCUCUCCCUCUGCCUCUCCCUCUCCCUCUCCCUGUCCCUCUCUCUCUCUCUCUCUCUUUCCCUGUCUCUUUAUGUGCAUAUUUAAUAUGCUGAUUGUAGCAUCUGAGAUCUGCUUUGCAACUUCUGGAUUUGCACCGUUCCUCAUAAAUAUUAAUGAUCUGGGGCAGCCAAGACAAAUCAGAUUUCUGACCUUUUUUCUCCCCUUUGGAACCCAUGCUGCAGCUAAAUCCCUGAUUGUAAAUUGUUUGGGUGAAUAAAUG